AUGCCCCGGCUGCCUGGCUCCAGAGCCCAGAGCUGCCAGGGCCUCCACGGCCCGGCCUCCUCCAACCUCGACACCGUGAAGCCCGAGGUCCUCAGCCACCCGGAGCAGUUCUCUCUCCUCUACGCAGCACACCCCUUCAUCGUGCCUGGGGGGCACUUCACCGAAUUCUACUACUGGGACUCCUACUGGGUGAUGGAGGGGCUGCUCCUCUCCGAGAUGCCCCAGACGGUGAAGGGCAUGCUGCAGAACUUCCUGGAGCUGGUGCGAAUCUAUGGCCACGUCCCGAACGGGGCCCGCGUGUACUACCUGCAGCGGAGCCAGCCCCCGCUCCUGACCCUCAUGAUGGACCGCUACGUGAGCCACACCAACGACACGGCCUUCCUCCGGGACAGCAUCGGGACCCUGGCCUUGGAAUUGGACUUCUGGACGCAGAACAGGACCGUCUCUGUGAGCUCGGGGGGGAAGAGCUACGUCCUGAAUCACUACGCCGUCCCUUAUGGGGGACCCAGGUAAGGAGCUGCCUG